AUGCUUACCUCGGCUAUCCUGGUGCCAUGGCUCCUGACGGCUGUCCCGGCAUCAUCCGCUAGUAGUCUCCUUCGCUACGAUGCGACACUGGACAAGGGACGGAUCGAAUGCGUCUACCCCAUCAGCGGGCAAUAUGCCCUUCUGCACCGAGUCCUCUACUACAGCCUCCUUCUCUUCUCCAUAGUCAGUGGCAAGACCCCGUGGUUGGUGGCUGGUGCGUUGGGUGCGGCCAUGACCUAUGCCGGAUCAGCGGCUGUCCAUGCAACCAUCCUCGCUGGCAUAUCGCGUGAUUCUCUACUUGAUCUGGACUGCCUUGGGAUCUUCGCCAUCGUCAGCGUCGGCAGUUUGGUCGUGACGGUAUUCUUCCAUGGGGGGUUACUGAUGGUGGUUGGAACAAUCUGUGCCAUUGUGGCGAUGCUACGAGACUAUCCGAGUGAGGACCAAUGUACAUCCAUACCGAGUGAUGCGACCAACAGCACAGAACCGAUACUGCUGACAAGCGCGGCACAAUCCGGUCUGGUGCCGUUCAAUUGCACGUAUGCCUGCUUCAGCACACGACAAGCCUUUCGAGACCCGGGCGACAUUCGCGUGGUACCAGCUGGCACAGUAUCAACUCAGAGAUUCAGGCUAUUAGAAGUCUCCAUCUGGCUCUCGCGAUUCCUCGGGGCCGUCGUCUCUCUCUACCGUCUCCUCCGCCGCCACGCAAAGCAGAUGCGAUCCAUGGCCCAGAAGAAGUUGGCUCACGAGCAGAAGCGUGGCCGGCCGGGGUUGAUGACUGAUUUGUUGUUAAUCGCCUGUGUGGUCGUCAUCGUCUUGAACGAGGUGUUCAUACAUCUCAGCGAUGGCAUCCCUACCAGCGAACCGCCGAAUGCCGUGGGGCAAUGGGGUCCAUGGGUAGCCGUCAUCAUGGCGUUGGCGGGAUCCGCCAUCGUGGAGUAUCACCGGCCAGCCUGGGAGGAAUGGCAGCGGGUAUUGAGGGAGGAGGGCGUCCUUGUGGAAGCAGAGAAGAACCCAUCACUGGUUCCUUCACUGUGGAUGCGCUUGAGUAACAUGGGUGGGAAAUCACCAGCUACUGAAAGUGGACCCUCAAGAAGCAGCCUAGCCAAGGGGAUUGCCUAG